CAGGACACUGCGACCCGGAAGGCCCGCUGAGCCGGAAGGCGAGAAGGCGGAGCCAGGGUGGCCGUGGCCUGUGAGCGCCUCUCUGGAGCUGGCAAAGCGGAGCCGGCGGAGCAGAGCGGACCACAGUAUCCCGGUGAUCUCAAACACAGCACGGUAAAGGUCUGAUAAGAUGCCCAUCGAGGUGGAUGAUGUCAUGAAGCUCCUGUGUUCCAUUUCCCAGGAGAGAAAAAUGAAGGCGGCCUUCAAGCAUUCUGUGAGGGGUGCCUUGGUUACAGGGACAGUGGCCUUACUCGGUGGUUUGGUGGGUGGCCCACCAGGAAUUGCUCUUGGUGGGACUGUUGGGGGUCUGUUAGGUGCCUGGAUGACAAGUGGACAGUUUAAGCCUGUACCUCAGAUCUUAAUGGAGCUGCCCCCUGUUGAACAGCAGAAACUGGUUAACGAAGCCAAGGCCAUCAUCGGGAACUUGGACUGGACAGACGCUAUAGAGCUCAUUGCUCUGGUCAUGAGCAAUCAGGCCAUGCAGCAGAAUCUCUUGGACAUGCUAACCACCUAUAUGACCAAGAAGCUGGGGGCUGAGAUCUGCUAUGGUGACUAGGCCACUUUACCUGGGGGAUGAUUCUGUGGCUCCCAGAAAGUGACCUGGGAGUGGGUGAUGCCUGACAGGUACCUCUGAGAAACCUGUAUA